AUGGCUCAUGAGAGAUUUGCUUACAACUUAGCAAUAAUACUUGCAAGAGAUAAAAAAGUAGUUGCAGUUGAUGAAGAGUAUAUUGAUAGAAUUACAAAGUAUCUGAAAGUUAUGUUGAAUAACGCUCCUACAAUAUUAGAAGAUACUGAAUAUGCUUUUACCAAUAAUGUGAUGAUUUACUGUUCUGGUAAACUUAGGAAGAGACUGGAAAAGUUUAAGAAAAAUAUUAAAAAUAAUAGUAGUGACAAACAUAUUGAAACUUUUCAAAAGUACUAUUCAACUAAGGAAAUCAAGAAUGACACUAUUAUUCAUCCAAAAUUUUUAGGACAUAUUAAAAAAGUGAUGUCUUAUACUAGGUCUCUGGUAGAUAUUAUAGAAUAUGCAUAUAAUAUUUCAUAUAAAGGAUUAUUCGCUAAUAUUAUAAUGUAUAAAAGGAAAUCUGAUGUUAUUAAUCAACUCAUAUAUUCAUUAAAAAUAUUAUCAAAAGAUUCGCUAGCAAUGAUGAUGACUAUAAUCGUUUCAUGA